GUAGGAUCACGUCGUCUCAGAGUAGUGAACUGAGCAGAGGCGAAGACCUCAGAAAAUGAGAUAAAUAGAGAACGACCUGUUUCUUCCAAAAAGGAAAGAUUAAUUUCGCAAGACUAUACCACACAACAGCAGUCAUUAUGGGAACGGAUAGUACAGAUUGUAUGCUGCUUCUUGCGGCAGAAGCUUUUAAAUCUAAAAACUUCGGGCUCGCUGCAGACAUAUACGAAUGUCAAAUGCUGCACCUGCGCGACCCUGGUACGCAGCAAGAUCUGUUGGUGAAACGGGCGGAUGCCCUGGCAUUUGCUGGCAAAUUGACCGAAGCCUUCGAAAUCUACCGAAAAGCUGCUAAAAUCGAGAGACUACGACCAGUCCAUCUCGAGAAUCUUAUUAUAUAUCUCUCUAACAGUAUUAAAAGAAAGGAUGGGACAGACAGUCAAAGCAACAGGCAGGAGACGAACUCUUAUUGCGUUGGAUAUGAUGCAUUUACCUGCAGAAUAUGUUAUGGAUUUCUAUACGAGCCAGUUACCUUGCCUUGUGGACACUGCUUUUGCAAAAAGUGCCUGGACAGAGAACAAAUUAAUGUCUGCUGCAAAGAGUGCAAUGACAUUACCAAAUUCAAUGAUGUGGACAAUUAUAGAGUAAAUGUUGUUCUUAGUAACUUGUUAUCAAAGUGGUUUCCAGUUCAAUUACUUGCUGUUCAUCUGAGACGUGAGGGGAAUGGCCUAUAUUCAGAGAAAAUAAUGGAUGCGGCUUUGGACAAAUACAACGAAGCAGUACAAAUAGCUCCAAGGGACCAUGUUCUGUACAGCAACCGAUCACAGAUCAAUUCCAGUCUGAAGAAUUACCAGGAUGCCCUUCAUGAUGCAGAGAUGGCAUGCAAACUCAUGCCUCUUUGGUCCAUGGGACAUAUUAGAAAAGCACAAGCUCUUGUCACUCUGGGGAAAUGUGAAGAAGCGUUAAGAGAGUACCUGGUCGUCAUUGCAUUAGACCCUGAAAGUAAAUUGGCAAAAACAGAGGCACAAAAGAUUCUGAGUGAUCUCCUGGCCCCUGUCACUGAUCAAGUACACAACAGAAUCCUAGACUGCACAAGUCUUCUAUCUUCCAGAAGUAGAUUUAAAGGUGGCAUCCUGAACACCUCAAGCUGCAUCAUCACCACAUCCUCCAAGUCUUACAAGGAUUACAAGAAUAUCAUCACCUCUGACGAGAAGUUGACGUUGUCGCCCACGCUGAGUGAAUCUAAGACAGAUGGCUCGUUUGAGACGUGCAGCGGAAAGAAAGGAGCACAUCAGGUGAAUGUCUGCCAUUCCAGCGUCACCAACAGGAGUGUCUUCCUCAAACGUAGCUCAUCCGAGGACAGCGAAGUGGACAGUAUCGACAUCUGCAAGCGUUCCAAAUCUGAAGUGACCCAGAAUGAACAAGCAACUUCCUGGAGUACAGUGCUUGCUGGCCUCAUAGACCCGACUGACCUGGAGUGUUCUCUGUGUAUGAGACUCUUUUAUGAACCAGUCACCACUCCUUGUGGACACACCUUCUGUCUGAAAUGCCUCGAGCGAUGCCUGGACUACAACCCCAAGUGUCCUCUCUGCAAGAUGGAGCUGAAAGAGUAUCUGGCAGAAAGUAAAUACAACAAGACUGUCUUGGUGGAGAACCUCAUCUGCAAGUAUCUGCCAUCUGAGCUCAUGGACAGGCAGAAAGUCAACGCGGAGGAGAUUGCAGACUUAUCCAAUCUAAACAAGAACGUGCCUAUAUUUGUUUGCACCAUGGCCUUCCCCACCGUUCCAUGCCCUCUUCACGUCUUCGAGCCCUGCUACCGGCUGAUGAUCCGCAGGUGUAUGGAGAUGGGUACCAAGCAGUUUGGAAUGUGCCUCGAUGAUAACCUCAAAGGAUUUGCAGAUUACGGUUGCCUCCUGGAGAUCCGAAACGUGGAAUGCUUUGCAGACGGCCGCUCCGUUGUUGACACCAUUGGAAAAAGAAGGUUUAAAGUCAUUGAGCACCACCAGAGAGAUGGUUACAACACAGCAGACAUUCAAUACCUGGAAGACGUUAAGGUGGAGGGUGUGACAGAGAAGGAGCUGCAGAGUCUCCAUGAUGCAGUGUACGACCAGGCCUUAAUCUGGGUCAACUCCCUCAAAGCAGAACAGAUGGAGAGGAUCGUGGGGCACUUUGGGCCCAUGCCGGAGAAAGACUCUGAACCACAGGCCAGUCCCAAUGGGCCGUCCUGGUGCUGGUGGCUGCUGGCAGUCCUUCCCCUGGAGGGUCGAGCCCAGCUGCCCUUCCUGGCCCUGACCUCCCUGAAGGACAGACUCUGUGGCAUCCGCAGAGUACUCCUCUUCAUGACCCGCAACUGCUCCUCUCGGUGACUCCAACCCUCACACAACCAUCCAUCUCCUCCAUGUGGAUGUCUGUUUUGUCUGAAAGACCAAAUGGUAACGAAAGCCUUCUGUGUAAAUAGGUUAUUGUCAAGUGGGCUUUGAUUAGAUUUCCAAAAUGUGAUGAUGAUUAUUUCUUCCUUCCAAGGAUUAGAAGAGGCUACUUAUGGAGUGAAUCUUUUAAUCAGUGUGCUUUAAAGACAAUGAUUGAUUUAGUUUUUGUUAUUAUUUAUAAACACUGCGUGUGCAUGCAACAUGUUUACAUCCCUGGGAGGGAUGACAAACUCUAAACUAUUACAUAACUUUUUAUUUCCAAAGAGUUUAUUAACCACCACAAAUUACAUAUUAUCAAAACCAAAACCCCUGAAAAUGUAGAAAAUUAGUGGACAAAAUGACGAUAUAGUACUGGUUCUGCUGCUGCUUUAACUAUAUCAUUCAGAUAAUAUGAUUUUCUCCCUGUUUUGGUGUAGAUGAAUGCAAUACACCUCCAGUUGAAAUGAGCUAUCUCCUACUUACGAUGGAAUAUGUAUUGUUAUUUAUAUGACCUACUUUGCACUUUAGUUGCAGCAUAAGUGAUACUCACAUUUUCUUCAUGCAUGGUGAGCAAAGAUGGGUUGUGAGAUUAGCCUUUAAGAAAGGAAAACCUUUUAUUGUUUUGUUGGAUGCUACAUGUUUUUUUGUCUGACAUACUUUUUUCAUAGUUUUCUACUGUUAUUUCUAUGUUAUGAUUAUCACCUUUUUAUACAGACAAUGGUUAUGUUGUAAAAUCUUGUGGAAAUGUGUUAAUGAACAACAAUUAUAUUUUGUAUUCCAAGGGCCAAUUGUAAGUUAUUGUAUUUAUAUAGGGCUGCCUUGUCUCAUAUUUUUUGCAACAUAUAUGCUCAUAAAUUAGAGAUGACAGAAGUGACAAACAAACUAAAAGUGAUUGCAAUAACGGUUACCACUUGUGCAGCGUGAUUCCUGGCUAGUAUACAUAAGGCAACGACGUGAAUGUGAACAUGCAAAUAACUGUAGACGAGGGAAAUAUCAACUUUUAGAGUGUAGAGCGUGGCGGAUUUAUCAGCCUUUCCACUUUUACCACUUUCCAAUAUUCUCAGUUUGAUUUGCAAAAAACUUUUUGCAUUUGGUUGUCCUGACCUAAGCCCAAGACACUCUGAAAUUAUUUUCCUAACACAUUACAGUCAGAUGAAAGUCUAACCAUUCUAAAAACUCAUGAAGGAGUUGGAAGACUUAUUUCUGACAUUUGAACUGUCAUCAUCUUGUCUUUCAAGUUAUUGUCCCAUAAACGGUAGCAUCAAUCACUCAGUAAUUUCUAAUCUUUUUCAACAUUUAGUGCCUUAAGUUGGAUUUCUUCCAUGAUGCCAGUACCAUAAAGCUCAAACUAUGUAGCAGAAUUCAGACUAAGGUUGCGUUCCAUCGAGGCAGCAGAAUUCAGACUAAGGUUGCGUUCCAUCGAGGCAGCAGAAUUCAGACUAAGGUUGCGUUCCAUCGAGGCAGCAGAAUUCAGACUAAGGUUGCGUUCCAUCGAGGCAGCAGAAUUCAGACUAAGGUUGCGUUCCAUCGAGGCAGCAGAAUUCAGACUACGGUUGCGUUCCAUCGAGGCAGCAGAAUUCAGACUAAGGUUGCGUUCCAUCGAGGAAGAUUUGGCUUAAAGUCCAAACUAUUUUGCUGAGGAGACAAACAGUCAUUUUAAACAAUUCCAGUCCUGGUUCAUUGUGAGUAUUGCUGUUGUGGUAAGAAAUAUUGGUAUUAUAUUGUAUAUCUUAUCCCAACUAAAUGAAAAUCAUCUUAAUGCAAGAACACAAUGAGGAUUUUCAGUUGGACUUUCAUAAACAACAACAUUGAGCCUUGGUUAAGCUUGAGUUAAAAAAUGUCAGGAUUAUAGUUAAUUGAUUGGCAUGUCAAUUCAAGUAUAUCAUUUUUACUCUCCAACAUCACACAUUUGCAUGUAUAUUAAUUUGAUAUGGCUGUUGCAUAUAAGCCAAAUUGUCAUUCAUCUAUGCAAAGAUGCAUUUUACCCAUUUACAUCAGAAAAUGCCAAACCAAUAGAAAUGCAAAGGUAGUAUCUUCCUGACCUUUUUGAAUUCCACAUUGAACCUUGCACUAAUGAUCGAAGCCAAUCUACCUCUGACACACUGACCUGUAGCUCUUCCACCACAGAACAUGCUAAUUGAUUCAAAUUGGCAUGUCAUUUGUUUCUGUGGAGAUGAGGUGACCAUGGAUGGAGUCUUUUUUUUGGUGAUUGUAUUACACAGGUAUAAUUGCCUCUAACUGUAUGUGUUUACAAAAUAAAUUGAAUGUAUGUUGUAGGCAUCUUAUCUGACGUUAUAUUUCUGUUUUGAUGGAAAUGUAGUCAUUGCAAUGUUAUACAAUGUACAGAAAACACACUUCUGAAUAAAUAUAUAUUUAUGGAAUAAGA